AUGGUUCACUUUCCAAGUUAUUUCUCAGUGAAUGUCCAAUACCCGAGUCCGUUGGCUUGCACUUCGAUUCUUGCUUCAAGUCUUACUUGUGUCACUUUAAAUUUAUAUCUGGCUGCAGGAGCCGUGUUCAAUGGUGGCAUUCCCGCCGCUAGCUCCAGUGCCCUCCCCGCGGUGCGGAGGGCUAUUCCUUCGAGUGAUUGGGAUGCUUGCCUAGAUGCAUGGACGACGUUACUUGCAAUUCGGCUCAAUUCUGCCGAGCAGAAGUUCCAAGACUUAGCAGUCGAAGACUCGUCAAUAGCGUCAUUCUUGGAUUCAUUCUAUCAACAUGCGGCCGUCGGUGACUCUGGUCUACAGUCUGGACCCAAAGCUCGACAACUGCGGAAGCUUUGCUUUCUUACGACAAGGCGAUAUCUACUCAGUCUUUCUUCCCCACCUGAAAGUCUUUUGAGCUGGCGAUUGCUUGGCAACAUUUGUUGCUGCUACCCUGCCAGUACUGCAUUGAAGACAACUUUAUCAGCCGCGUGGGACCUGCAUGACCAGGAGAUAUCGUCCAGCAUAGAGCAAGCAAAACUCCAUGUAAUCAGCAACCUGACUUCGGGAGCCGCUUCGCUCUCUUCUGACACAAUUUCCGAUGUCCGACGUUUGACAAUCCUGGUUUCGGCUCUUCCGGAAUGUGGCCAAAGCCUGAUGGCUGGGUCUGAUUAUAUCGAUGCGUUGAAUGAAGCGUACCAAAUCAUGGCGAGCCAUGAAGAGCUUCGAAAAAUUCUUGUCGCUAACAUCUAUGUCGGUCUAAUCUCCUUGAUGAAAGAGACCACUAAUAACAUGUCUCUUUUGCUGGACCAGCUCUUCAGCCUCAAGGCGAGUGCAGGAGUGGGCACCUCUGCAGCGAAAAUGGGGCCCAAUCUGAUAUCAGAUCUCAUAUGUAGCUCAGACCUACUACAGCGCCUAGAAAAGUACCUCGCAGGGCGUCCACAGAAACGAGGCCACGAUCUACUCGUUCUUCUGCGUGACUAUCAAAAGGAGAUGAAUCCAUUUCACAAUAGAUAUCAAAGACGCAAAAGACUGGACAAAGGGAAACAAGCAGCAGGCGUUCCCACCGUCCCAGACGAGCUACAUGCUCACAGAAUGUCGCUCGUCUCCCAAGUCCAAGACUUGUUCCCGGACCUCGGCUCGGCCUUCAUUGUGAGAUUGCUGGACACCUACAGAGACAACCCGGAGACUGUUAUCGCGCAUCUUUUAGACGAAUCUUUACCACCGGAGCUUCAAUCUCUUGACCGAUCUGAACGGCUUCCGCCUAUGGCAGAACCUCACCAGGACCAUCUCCAACCACGGGCAACACCGCCUGCCAUUAACUCGCCGCUUCAAGAACCGGUUCCGCCGCGCAAAAACGUCUUCGACAACGAUGUUGAUCUUGCGGAGCUCAGCCUUUCCGGCGCAGCUGAAGGAAAGGUUCGAUUCGGGCGUGCGAAUCCCGAGCUCACUGCAGACGAAGUCCUUGCAGAUCGCAGCAAACAUGCAAUCAACAAGGCAGCUAUUCUUUCCGCAUUGGCUACUUUCGAUUCUGACGAUGACGAAAGAGAUGACACUUAUGACGUUGCAGACGUCGGUGGUACCGUAGACAGUGCCACCGCAGGCACGGACGCAGAGGCCGAGGCGGUUGCGCGAAACCAGAAGUUGGCGGCUGAUCAGCUUGAUUUGACUCUUCUUCGAGCUUACAAGUCCAACCCCGCCAUAUUCGCACGAGACUCGGCGACUCGUCGCUCUCAGCCCCGCCUGGCACUCAAACGCGAGACUACUAUGACUGAUGAGGCUAUCGAAGGAUGGGCGGUCAUGCUUUCGCGAGAUCCGAAGCGUCUGUCCAAGCUGGAGAAUAAGCUUACCGAUGAGUUGGGUGGAGGUGGCAGUAGGUCUUUGAAUCAGCCUGAACUUGCGCCAACCUCGUAUCGAAAACCCCAAUCUAUCGAGGAGAGUUCUGACGGAGAAGGGGAAUCAUCCGGACCAGGAGGCGGACGUGGUGGAAGAGGUGGCCGUGGGCGCGGCGUACCUGGCAGGGGUCGAGGCCGAGGCGGCCGAGGAGGCGGCCGCCCACCUCAAUCUGGCGAGUCUGGUCAGCAAAACAGCCCCAUUGCGCAUCAGCGAAAGGAGCAAAAUAAGGCUAGUCGGGCGAACCACAAUCGUCGUCAACAACGAGCAAAAAAGAUUGCGCGUGUUGGGGGUCUACCGGGUUGA